AUGGUUUUGGCUCUGAUUAUCGUGAUUCCCCUGGUAGUCCAAACCUCCAAGACUAAUGCGCACUACGAGAUGAUGGGCACCUGUCGGAUGAUCUGUGACCCGUACAACCCCAAACCUAGCGCGACGGCUUUGGAGGUCAUGCAGGAUCUGAGCGCCAUUCCCUCUCCCAGCUUUGUUCAAGGAACUAAGGGCGAGCCGGGUCGGCCGGGGAAACCCGGGCCGAGGGGACCGCCCGGCGAACCGGGACCACCCGGUCCAAGGGGACCUCCGGGGGAUAGAGGAGAUUCUGUAAAGAUCGGGUAUUCCGGAGUGGAGGGCACAGCGCGGACUGAUACUGCCGGAGAACUGGGCACGGCUAUCGGCGGAGCAAAGAUAGCGUUUUACGUGGGACUGAAAAACCCUCACGAGGGAUACGAAGUAUUGCGCUUUGACGACAUUGUCACGAACCUGGGGAACCACUAUGACCCGACAACCGGCAAGUUUACAUGCCAGGUGUCCGGGAUUUAUUACUUCACCUAUCAUGUGCUAAUGCGCGGAGGCGACGGGACAAGCAUGUGGGCAGAUUUAUGUAAAAACGGACAGGUCCGGGCCAGCGCCAUAGCGCAGGACGCUGACCAGAAUUACGACUACGCCAGCAACAGCGUUGUCCUGCAUCUAGACUCUGGGGACGAGAUUUAUGUCAAACUGGACGGCGGAAAGGCGCACGGCGGAAACAACAACAAAUACAGCACGUUUUCAGGUUUCCUUCUGUACCCGGACUAAUUUGGGACGGUUUGCCCACUCCAUCGGGACUUGGGGAGAAAUAAGCCUCUAAACACUGCUGAUCACACUGACAGAAGAAGGUUGCCACGAUGAAAAGAGCACGCCAUAUUGUCAUACUCACUUUUUGAAAUCUUUCUUCGAAGCAUGUGGAUGCUUAUUUUUUUUCAUUCUAGUAUUUUCAGCUCCAAACUUGAUUAGUUUUUCU